UAUCGACGUCGUCAUUAUCAAGACGGAAGCCGUCAGUCCGGUAGGGUUGAAGGUUAUCAACAUGGAUUCUCGCCACACUUCACCGACAGAGUUUGACAUUGUUCGCGUAACGCCGCACUUGGAUCUUGUGCUGUUCGACAAUGUCAUUAGCUGUUACCAAAGUGACGGAAACAUCACCGCUAACUACCUGCUUGGCCAGGACGUCACUCAAUCCGGCUGGGAUUGGGUAGGCAUAUUUCGGCUGGAGUGGCGUCACCCGGGCGAAUACGAAGCCUACACGUGGGCCCAGGUGAAGCCAAUAGACUGCACGGCACCCAGGCGUCGAUCCGUCCUCUUCCCGCCAUUCGUUCAUCGGCUAUCAUCUGACGCGCAUGCGCACUACCAGUUUAUGUACGUGUCAAGUGGUAACCACGUGGUUGGGGUAAGCCGCCCCUUUCAAGUGCUCGAUCAACCGGAGAUGCCCUUCAACAACAUUGACACUUUGUUUCAAAUGCCACGCGACACCUGCCCGGGAAAUCGCAGAACACAUGAAGCCAUCUCCGGAUCGUCCGACGAAUACGAGGUUUUAAACGAGCUGCAGUGCCCCGCCCCCUGCAAGCGUCCACGGCAUAAAGAGAAGGUGCUCCAUGUGUUCAGGGAUACACAGACGCUUAUCAAUUCUCCUACUUUCAGUGACUGGGCCGAAAAGUUGCGGUUUAUCAACUUCACCCCGAUCGUUCAAGAAUACACCACAACCGAUAGCACUUCGGUCAAACCGACCAUCAUUGAGCUUCCUCUUCAAUCCACUUCCGGUAAAACCCCAGCAUCCACUUCCGCUGUCGUCCCUUACCAAUCCCGUGCAUUGCUUCCGGUGUAUUCAACUCACUGGAGCCCGAGUGCGGUUGUGAAGGCCUUGCAGACUUCCGGCCAGGCUCAGCACAUGCUCACCUGCAGCCCCAUGAUACCGUCCAUCGAAUAUCCGAUCCUUAAACAACUUCUGGGUGGUCCGUUGUCGUUUCUGGAAACGCCAGUGAAUAGCCAGUGUGUGAACUGCCAGUUCGCCCGACAACUCGUCUCUGAUCAGAUGCAGAAAGAAGCUUCCUUAGAGCAGCAAGUCAAGCGUCUACAGGGGAAGAUCGUGAGGCUGAAAAUCGCAAGACAAACACAGCGUGUUCGUCAGACGUCCGCCGUGACCCUGGUGGACUGGGCGCUCAGUGAAGUACUCGACGAGAACCGGAAGUUACGUGAGCACAUGGACGCCUUGGAGGAGCGGCUCGCAGAUAGCCGAACCACAACAUCGGAAGUCCGUCAUCAACAUGCUGACGUCACCACUGAGACCGACGACGAAUAUGAGUCGUGGAUUGUGAAAGACCCAAAAAGAAUUGCCCGCUUGAAGCGUCUGGUUGGCCGCCAGAGCCAUGUGGUUCAGAUGCUCCGCCAGAACACCGAGGCGCACCGGAAACUCGUUGCCGCCCUCACCAGCGAGAAUAUCAAGCUUAGAACUCUUGUCUCCAGCGCGUUAGAGUCAAGUGAUCGUUUCCGUGAGCUGUCCAAUGAGUUGAACCGGAAGAUCCGGUCCGUGCUGGCCGCCCGUGCUAAGGAUCACACUAAUCAGUGGAGGCAGUUCUUCCGGCAGUCACAGGAGACAGACACGCAGACAGAUUUAGAGUCCAGUGCCGCCAGUUCUUCGGCGGACAGCAACGAGGAUGCUGACGGCGGCAGCGCACCAAAGGUUGCAUCCCCUUCAACCAUAGCAGCCGUCGCAGCCACCGGAAACCGCGCCACAACCUCUGCCUCGCAAAAACGACGUCCCAAGAAUAAACAAAUCAUGAAACUUAUGAGAUCAGAGAAACCGGCCAACUUCAAGCUCCAUAAAGAGCGGAAACAGGCGGAAGCGUGCCCCACGUGCGGACUCAAGUUCUCGUGCAAGGCGGACAGGCGCGACAUUGAGGAGCAUAUCGGGCUACAUGGGAGCGGAACCAUGUCCACGCGCUUCCAUCAGUAAACUUUGCUGCAUUGUUGGAACGUUACUUAUCGAUUCCAGAAAUCAUGAUCAAACUGUGUCUGAUGUCGUAUGAUGUCAAUUUUUUCAAUUGAGCCUAAUGUUGAACUGCAACAACGAGUUGUACAAUUUAUAUGGCUAGCUAAUUGCUUACAAAACAUUCACAUGAAGAGAUUAUUUGACCACUUUAUGUUUUAUUUCAAUUCUGGCAAUAUCUCUACUAACAUCAAAUAAAUAAAAGAUGUCAAUCAUAUUAUUUACAUGGCAAUUAAAGUCGCUUACAACUGA